ACAAAACCCAUUUAAGGUUCGUUUUCCGAUUCCCAAUUUCUUUGUCUUUUCUUCCUUUUUCUUCUAUCUAUUUUUUACGUGUUUUUCGCUCACUGUUCAAAUCUUUUCAACUUCUCUCAAACUUGUUUGAAAAACUUCACCUGUUCUUCUACUUCUACAACUCUCAACUUUGCGACUAAACACAAAUUGGGCUUUUGGAAUGUGUUUAUGCAACAUUGUUAAUAGAUUGACAAGAGAGGCUCUUUUGAUUGUAUUGUAUAAGGGGGAUUAGGCUGAUUGAGUAUAUGAUAGUAUAAUAUAGUUUGGUAUUAGUGUAUAAUUGGUGAUAUGGAGCAUUGAGAGUGUUUUUAUAGAGAAAGUUAUAGUUUUGUUACUCUUGUUCUGUUUUUUCUUAUUGAAGAAUUCAAAACAUAAUUGGUAGACGGGAAGAACUGAGUUUUGUUGGAUGGGUAAUAAACUCGGGAGGAGGAGACAAGUGGUAGAUGAAAAAUAUACACGGCCACAAGGAUUGUAUAAUCAUAAGGAUGUUGAUCAGAAGAAGCUGAGGAAGCUAAUCCUCGAAUCAAAGCUUGCACCUUGCUUUCCGGGAGAUGAAGAAACUGCUUGCGAUCGUGAAGAGUGCCCAAUUUGCUUUCUGUAUUAUCCAAGUCUGAACCGAUCAAGAUGUUGCACAAAAAGCAUUUGUACAGAGUGCUUUUUGCAGAUGAAAGUUCCAAAUUCAACUCGGCCUACACAAUGUCCCUUUUGUAAAACGGCAAAUUAUGCCGUGGAGUAUCGUGGUGUAAAAUCAAAAGAGGAGAAGGGAAUGGAACAAAUAGAGGAGCAGCGUGUUAUUGAAGCAAAAAUUAGGAUGCGGCAGCAGGAACUUCAGGAUGAAGAGGAAAGAAUGCAUAAAAGACUAGAAGUAAGCUCUUCAAAUGUAAAUGUGGCUGUUGCAGAUGUUGAAUACAAUUCAAAUGCAGUGGCGGAAUCUUCAAUGUCUGCCGUUGAACACGAUGAAAUCGUCUCUUCUCUAGACUCGUGCGCCACACCAAUGGUUAGACCACCUCCUGCCACUAGGGCCAAUAGAGAUGAUGAAUUUGAUGUUGAUCUUGAGGACAUUAUGGUCAUGGAAGCAAUUUGGCUUUCCAUUCAGGAGAAUGGAAGGCAGCGAAAUUCACCUUUUACCGAUGCUACUUCUGGUCACUAUGUAACCGAUGAUCGCUAUGCUUCAUCUCCCAUGGGUCAACAGACAGGAUCAUCCUCUUCCCCGUCGGGGGGUCUUGCUAGUGCCAUUGCAGCUCUUGCUGAGCGUCAGCAAAUGUCCGGGGAAUCAUCUGUAAGCUCCAACAACGAAAGUACACCAUCGUUCAACAUGCCACCGGGCUCCAGGAGGUUUUAUAACAGGCUUGGUAGAGAUAUGGUUAGUUAUUCACCCACAGAAAACCUGACUGAGGUGCCACCAGAUGAUGCAAUGGCAAUGGCUAGGAGUCAUGGUCAAUGGAGCAUAGAUCAUGGAUCACAGGUAGCUGAAACGGCAACUAGCUAUACAAACUCUGUUGAAGUAGAAGAUCGUGGUGAACUGUCGUCUAUGUCACAGCCUAAUGACAUUGAUGAAAGCCUUCAAAGUGCCACCGACCCCAUUGUUCCUGAGAGUUUUGAGGAGCAGAUGAUGCUGGCUAUGGCUGUCUCUCUAGCUGAAGCUCGAGCCAUGCCAAGUGGACAUAGUGCUUCAUGGCAAUAGUUUUGGUUGAGGGACUGCUGAUUCAAUCUUUCUUAAAUUGGCGAUGCUUGCCUUUGCUAUAUGGCCUGCCUCCACCGGGUCCUGGGUUUGGAUGUUGAGCAAAAGUCACACGUUGUGUGCAAUUUUGGUCAAGGAUAAGGUAGCGUUUCUCUUUUCACACGAAUUACAAUAUAUAGAUGUCAAAAGAAAACUAAUGAUUCAAGUUGGUGAAAGGUUGUUGCUUAAUGUCAUAUUUUUUACUGUGUGAAAUCAAUUGUCUCCAUGCUCUCA